AAAAAUAUUAAUUUUAAUUUAUAUAAUUGUAUGAAUAGCCCGAACAAACAAUUGGAAAUUAUCAUUCCAAAGUUAUUCUUUUUCUCUGCUAAGUAUAUCCUCUUUAAUCAUGUUAGAUUUUGCCGAAAUUAUCAAAGCAUUGUUUUCAAUUUUCCGAAGUGUCGAUAGGUUGAUUUUAGAAACUGUUGUCGUUGAAGAAAGACGGAGAAUUUUAUCCAUGAAAAUCGUAGUUGGUUUACAAGUAAUGUGGUGUAGUUAUUAAAUCUUCGUUAUGAUUAGGAAUUAACUAACUGAUUUGUGAAAGAACUGCUUGAUUGAAUAUUUUGUUGGUUUUGAAAAAAUGCUAUUGCCAAUUGGUUGCUCGGUGCAUAAACUGUUAAGUAAGGUAACCGAGGCAGCGGUAUGGCACCGUGUUAACCUAUAUACAUUCAAUAUCUGACCCACGCAGCUUUGAACUUGGACUCUUGUUGUAAUAUUGUUUUGAGUAGGUAGUAAUAUAUUUAAAAUUGAACAAGAUGGCAAACGAAUUAGUUGAGCAAAUUUUGGAUUACCUGGCAAAUCACGAGGAAGCUAAUUCACUUGAUAUAGCUGAUGCCUUUAAUCAGGAUCAUCAAAAAAUCAUUGGUGCUAUCAAGAGUCUGGAGUCAAUUGGUGAUAUGAUCACUGUUGAGCAAGCGAGUAGAAAAAAGUGGGAACUCACAGCCGAGGGUCAACAUGUAGUUGAACAUGGUAGUCAUGAAGCAGCAGUUUACAAUGCAAUUCCAGAAAAUGGAAUAUCACAGGCUGAUAUUAUGAAAUCGGUACCAUAUGCUAAGAUAGGUUCUUCUAAAGCUCUUGCAGCUGGAUGGAUUAAGAUAGAUAAAAGUAAAAAUUCAGUCAUGGUGAGAAAGGCUGUACCAUCGAUUGUUGAUAGUAUACAAAAUCAUCUGAAAGAUUUCUCAAAUAUUCCUGACAAUGCAAAAGGAGAUUAUAAGAAAAGGAAACUAUUGCAAGAGAUCAUUAUAAAGAGCGUGAAUAUUCGUAAAGGUAGCAAUUUUUCAACAAAAAUAGUAAAGCAAGAAGCUGAUCUUACUGCUGAUUUAUUGGUGAAUGGUGCAUGGAAGGAGAAAAAAUUUAAACCAUACAAUUUUGAUGCUCUUGGUUCUGCCCUUGAAGUGGGACACCUUCAUCCUUUACUUAAAGUGAGAAGCGAGUUUAGAAAGAUAUUUUUAGAAAUGGGAUUUAUUGAAAUGGCAACAAAUAAUUAUGUUGAAAGUUCGUUUUGGAACUUUGAUGCGUUGUUCCAGCCACAGCAACAUCCUGCAAGGGACGCACAUGACACUUUCUUUAUCUCUGAACCAAGGACUAGCUCGAACUUCCCUAAUGAAUAUCUAGAGAAAGUGAAGCAAGUACACAGUAAGGGAGGAUAUGGAUCCCAAGGUUAUGGAUAUGAUUGGAAAAUAGAAGAAGCACAGAAAAACUUACUCCGCACUCAUACAACAGCUGUCAGCGCACGUAUGCUGUAUAAACUCAUGCAGCAGGGUGAAUUUAAGCCAGUAAGAUACUUUAGCAUUGACCGCGUUUUCAGAAAUGAAACUUUAGAUGCAACCCAUCUGGCAGAAUUUCAUCAAGUUGAAGGUGUAGUGGCCGACUACAACUUGACACUUGGCGAUUUGAUCGGUACUUUGUAUGAGUUUUUCAAAAAACUUGGUAUUACACAAUUGGAAUUUAAACCUGCAUAUAAUCCAUACACUGAGCCUAGUAUGGAAAUCUUUUGUUUCCAUAAUGGUCUUGGAAAAUGGAUAGAAAUCGGUAAUAGCGGAUUAUUCAGACCUGAAAUGUUACAACCUAUGGGUUUCCCUGAAAACGUCAAUGUAAUUGCUUGGGGUUUAUCAUUGGAGAGACCCACCAUGAUUAAGUACGGUAUAAAUAACAUACGUGAUCUAGUUGGACCAAAGGUGGACUUACAAAUGGUGUACGACAAUCCAUUGUGUCGUCUACAAAAAACUACGAGAAAAGUUCCAGUAUCAAAGGACAUGGUGGAAUCAUUAAAAAAGAGAUGGGACAAUAUUCUAGAAGAGUUACAAAACAUACAAAUGGAUCUGAACAAGACAACACAAGAGUUGAACGAUCAUCCAAAAAUUAUUGUAAAACAAAACCUUACGAUCUUCUGUGAUCCACAAUGGCCAAUCCGAUCACUGGAAACGCUACUUGCUUUUCUGAAGCGUUGCCUUAAGGUGAAUCUCUCUAUCCACACUCACUCAUCAGUUGAAAAGUUUCCACCUACAUUGGCAAACUUCUGUUCUGAAUACACAAAGCCUAACGGAAAUGCCGACGUGUCUAUAGUAUUAAUUUGGAAGUCUGUGGGCAUCGACCCUAUAAUGAAACUUCCUAGGAUGCAUGAGAUUGUCGGUGAGGUUAACAUAGCUCGUUAUAUGAAUCGAUUAAUAGAGCUCACGAAUUCUAAUCUAUUAAAAUACGAAAGCAAUGGACCGCUUUAUGCGAAUCAAAUAGAUUCUAGUUUAGAAACAAUUCAUCAGCUUUUACGUGUCAAAAACAAAUCCAAACUAAAGGCCAUAUUCAAGAGGACAAAGACGCGAUACGCUCUUGGUAAUGAAUUUUCAGUGGUUGAUAUUGUUCUCGAUUCUGUACAACAGUGUUGCUCGUAAGAAAUGAACAUCUAUAUUUUUAUCAGUGUAUAAUACUAGUAUUGGCAAAUACAUUUAGAUCGUUUUUCAUAGAUAAUUAUAUUUUAAUAAGCUUAAGUUUUUAAACAAGAAAAGAAAAAAAUCUUGAAGUACUCACUGGACUUUUUUCAUUGCUACUCAUUGGCCAUUAUUUCUGAAAAUAAUAAGGUUUAUUUCUUUAUUGUAA